GGAGUCUCUGCGUCGGCGCUGGCGAUGUAGCCGAAUGACCGGUGCUGCUGCUCGCUCGGCAACGGUAGGCGCGGCGUCUGCAGGGGCAGCCGAGUCGUCAGACAUGGAGGGGAAGGGCGGCGCGGUGUCGGUCGGGCUGGGGUUCCUGGGGAUGGGGCUGGACAGGGUGCGCCUGCUGCCCCUGCCCCUGCCCCGGCGGCCGCCGCUGCCGGAGAAGCUGUCGUCCAAGGCGCUGCGGGGCCACGUGUACAGCAACUCGCGCUGGGCGGUGCAGCGCUGGUGGCGCCCGCUGCUGCUGCUCUGGCUCCUCGCCUUCACGCUCCUCGCGCACAGCCUCUUCUACAACGGCAGCUCCGAGGCCGUGCACAAGCGGCGGGACGCGCUCGCAAGCAUGUGCGACGAGCGCGCGCGCAUGCUGCAGGACCAGUUCAACGUCAGCAUGAACCACCUCCAGGCGCUCGCAAUCCUCGUCUCAACCUUCCACCACGCGCAGAACCCAUCAGCAAUCAACCAGGCGACCUUCGCCAGGUACGCCGAGAGGACGGCCUUCGAGCGCCCGCUCACCAGCGGGGUGGCGUACGCGGUGCGGGUCACGCACGCCGAACGGGACCGCUUCGAGCGCCAGCAGGGCUGGAGCAUCAAGAAGAUGUACUCCUCCAACAAGAAGUACGGGCCAUCGGGGGACGCCGCCGCCGCCGAGAUCCGAGAGCCGGCAGAGGAGUACGCGCCCGUCAUCUUCGCGCAGGACGCAUACAAGAACGUCAUCUCCUUCGACAUGCUCUCCGGCGAUGAUGAUCGAGAAAACAUAAUACGAGCUAGAGAAUCCGGGAAGGGUGUUCUAACCGCCCCUUUCAAGCUACUCAACAGUCGCCUCGGCGUGAUCUCCACAUACACCGUCUACAACACCGAGCUCCCUGCAAAUGCGAGGCCGCACGAGCGCGUCCAAGUCGCCAUAGGCUAUCUCGGUGGCAUAUUUGAUAUAGAAGCGCUGGUCGAUAAGUUGCUUCAUCAGCUUGCCGGCAAGCAAUCCAUCAUGGUGAACGUGUAUGAUACUACUAACGAGUGGCCGAUCAGCAUGUAUGGUUCCAACGAUACCUGCGGUGGCAUGUACCAUAACAGCACUCUCAACUUCGGCGAUCCAUCCAGAAGGCAUGAGAUGCAUUGCAGGUUCAUGCAAAAGCCACCAUUGCCGUGGUCUGCAAUUACAUCGUCACUAGGAACUCUUGUGAUUGGUAUGCUCCUUGGUUAUAUAUUUUACGCUACUAUGCACCGUAUCGAAAAAGUUGAAGAUGACUAUCAGAAUAUGAUCGAGCUCAAGAAGCGCGCGGAAGAUGCGGAUGUUGCCAAGUCGCAGUUCUUGGCUACGGUUUCGCACGAGAUCAGAACUCCAAUGAAUGGUGUUUUAGGAAUGCUCCAAAUGCUCAUGGAUACUGAUUUGGACACAACACAGCAAGACUAUGUUAGAACAGCCCAAGCCAGUGGAAAAGCUUUAGUGUCCCUCAUAAACGAGGUUCUGGAUCAGGCAAAGAUAGAAUCUGGCAAGCUCGAGCUUGAGGCAGCACCCUUUGAUCUUAGAUUAGUUUGUGAUGACAUCUUGUCUCUCUUCUGCGGAAAAGCUCAGGAGAAAGGACUGGAGCUGGCAGUGUAUGUAUCUGAUCAAGUUCCACAAACACUUAUCGGCGAUCCGGGUAGAAUGAGGCAAAUCAUUACAAAUCUCAUGGGGAACUCCAUAAAGUUUACAAAAAGAGGGCAUAUCUACUUGACAGUUCAUGUUGUCGAAGAGGUCAUGGUGGAGAUGGGAACUCAAUACGCAGACACCUUAAGUGGCUACCCGGUAGCUAACAGGAGGCAUAGUUGGGAGAGCUUACGACUUCUCGAUAUGGAUUUACACUCGUCUGAGAUGCCUUUUGCUCCCAUCAUGCCUGAAACAAUAAGGUUGAUAAUAUCUGUUGAAGAUACUGGUGCUGGCAUCCCACUUGAAGCUCAAUCCCGUAUAUUCACCCCUUUCAUGCAAGUUGGUCCAUCCAUUGCCCGCAUCCAUGGGGGCACUGGCAUUGGGUUGAGCAUCAGCAAGUGUCUGGUUCAUCUCAUGAAGGGAGAGAUCGGGUUCGUAAGCACGCCCAAUGUUGGUUCUACUUUCUCCUUCACUGCUGUGCUUGCGAGGUCACGCUCCAAUGCAAACGUUGCCAAAUCGUCAGGAUUUAAGGGGAUCAAUGCAUUGGUUAUCGAUCAUAGGCCGGUCCGUGCCAAGGUUACCAAGUACCAUUUGCAAAGGCUUGGAGUCAAAACGGAAUUGACCACUGACGUAAAUCAAGUUAUUGCUAAAAUAAACUGUGGAUCACUAGUUGCAAAGCUAGUGCUAGUUGAACAGGAGACGUGGCUGAAGGAAUCCCAUUCCAUGCCUCAUUUGCUUAGUAAAUUGAGGAGCAAGGAUCUGCCGGACUCUCCAAAGUUCUUUCUUUUGGAGAACCCUAUAACUUCUAUCAAGAGCAAUUCACAUAUAUCCAGGGAGUAUAACUUGAAUGUAAUCAUGAAGCCACUUCGUGCGAGCAUGCUUCAGGUCUCACUACGACGGGCUUUGGGUGGAGUGGAUAAGGCGCAUGGCAAGAAUGGCAACUCAACAUUGGGUAGCCUUCUUCACAAGAAGCAAAUCAUUGUGGUUGAUGACAAUGUUGUGAACCUUAAAGUGGCUGCAGGUGCUCUGAAAAAGUAUGGCGCAGAAGUAGUUUGUGCAGACAGUGGGAAGAAAGCAAUCGCGUUGCUAACACCACCUCAUAGUUUUGAUGCUUGUUUUAUGGACAUACAAAUGCCAGAAAUGGAUGGAUUUGAAGCCACUAGGAGGAUAAGAGUGAUGGAGAGAGAUCUAAAUGAACGAAUAGAGAAAGGAGAAAUACCACCAGAAUGUGCUAAUAUCCGUACGUGGCGAACUCCGAUAUUGGCCAUGACAGCAGAUGUUAUUCAGGCAACAUAUGAGGAGUGCCUGAAAUGUGAAAUGGAUGGCUAUGUUUCCAAGCCUUUCGAAGGGGAGCAGUUGUACAGAGAAGUAACUCGUUUUUUCCAAAAUCAUGACCAAGUUCAAUAGUUAGGUAGGUCUAUAUGGAUUGUAAAUUAGUGGAGGAUGUCGCCACACAGCUCACGCCAUGGCACAAAGAUGUUUGUUAAAGCUGCAGUGCUCCCAAGAGUAUGAACUUAGAAACCUGGAGAUUGGAACCACCCACUUCUGUUUUCUUGGUACACCAUCUCACCAGGAGGCAGAAAGAGUAAAACUCUUGAAAAUCGAUAUGCAUGUGCAGUAUUUUGUUCAGCAACUUCUUGGAGACAGUUCUCGUGAAGAGGCCAACUGCACUUCACAGACUGCAGAUUUCAGUUCGACAUACGUCCUCUGCCUUUGUAAUGUAAAUGUGUAGGGAGAGAAAUUUUUCCUUCCUUUUUCUUCCCCGGGAAUUCCAUGGGUGUACAUAUUAGGUGUUGGUGGUUUGUGCAGGAAUUUCUUUGUGCACUUGAAUGUGUUUUUUCGCGUAGUGUGUCCAAGCUGUAAAUCACACAUUCAAAGCUCAAGCGCUUUCUUUUUCUCUUCGUCC